GACCUCUCCAAAUUACACAGUCACAGAAUGGCCAUCUGCUUCAACGUUGAGAAGCAUUGUUUAAGCUGCUUGUUUGUUUGUUUUUACUUUGUCUCAGGCAUUUAGCAAAGAGAGAAAGAAAAAUGUCAAGUACUCCUUCACAAGAACCCGGGAAAAAGUCAAUUUGCAUCUCGGAAUUUUGUUCGCAGCACAGAACUAGGAUUGCAUUAAGUUCGUUUUACUUCUUCUUCGAGACAUGCUUUAGCUUUAAGUUAUUCUUUAUGCCAGUCUACUGGCAACAGCUUGGCUUGUCUCCGACUCAGAUCGGCAUCUUACGAGCCGUUUGGGGCGUGGCAUACUCCCUUGGCGGGGUCAUCUUUGGAAAAAUGGCAAGUAAGCGGAAGAUUCGCCGUGCGUUGCUGAUGAUGAGCAUUCUGUCCACGGCUAUUAUACCACUAGUGUCAUUAAUUCCAAGAAGAACACACGAUGAGUGCUCAGUGGAAUUGGGAAAGAACCUGGAUGAAAACAAGCGUCGCAUUAUCACUCCUCAAGAGGGCAAAAAUUCCCCUCAUCCUAACGACGAGUGGAUCAAGUCUCAUGUCGAGAGUAAAGCGAACGAGAAUACGAAUCGCCGUAACCAAACCCACGCUUUGCAAUCCCUUUUCCGUCGGGAGGAAAAAAAACCUGAAAUCCUGGAACAGUCUACCUCAAGACGUUCUCUACCACCGAUAAAGAAGCGCACUCCAAGGCAGGCACCUCUGGUUGGCGAUCAUGUCCUUAUCUUAGAAAAAAACCCGCAAGACAUCGACACCAUAUUUCUCAUAUUUUUGUUCAUUGUAUUCGUUGGGGAACUCCUCGCUUCUCCUGCAUUUGGUUUGGCUAAUUCUGAAAUUGUGGACUACCUUGGGGAAAAUAGCCGCGAUUUUGGUUUCUCACGGAUGACUAGCUCUGCGGUUAGUGUGGUGUUCCUGGGCUUCACAAGCAUGUGUGUGAAGAAGACUGGUUACUCUGGAAUCACUGUGUUCUCCAUGAUGCUGUUUUUCAUUUGGUCUGAGGGAAUGUCUCUCAUGAAAAACCCAUGGCUCAUGCUUCUUUUUGAGACUAUUUCCUACACCGCUUAUGUAACUGGUUUUACAGGCGUGAUCAGUUACUUUGGUGAAGUAACACCCAAUCAUCUGAUGGACACAGUGCAAGGAGGGGUUAACUCUUUGUUUCUCGGCGUGGGUUUCGGCGUUGGAACUGCCUUGUGCGGCUUUUUCAUCGAUGCAUUUGGCGCCGUAGAGGCAUUCCGGCUGUUUGCUUUGGGUGAAGCUGUACUAUUAGUGCUGUUUGUCGUCAACCAAGUUAUAUAUUUUUGCCUCAAGAAGAACGAAAAAGAAGAAAAAACAAAACUGCUGGAAUGACUUUUUAUGCAGGUCACAGGACUUACAGUAAACACUAUGUCAUCUAAAAUAAAAUUGGUGGAUCUCGCUGUCGCACUUCUUUAAUUUCACUCAAAAAAAAGGAAACACUCGGUGAAAAAUAUGCGUUCUGAGGUACAUCGUUUCGAGGGAGAAGACCGAUAGUUUUGGGGCUAAACUAAAGACCACCGGGCCUCUUCUAACCAUCCA